AUGGUUUUCAGUUCGAAAAUUGUCCCAUCCAACAUUCGACAGAGUAUUGAGAGUGCUGGUCGAGGAGUUCUCUCAGAAAAGGGAACUUUCUACAACCCAAGUGGGAAUCAUAGCAGCAGAAAUGACCAAUACUUUUUGAGAUAUUCCGUUGCAAAAUCAACUGUUACAAAUGUUGGAGCUAAUUCUAAAUACAAUGGUGAAGAUAAUGAAGAUUCUCCUCCUGAUAACGAUGUCGCUCCAUCAGCACGAAAAACAUCCCUCAUUGAAAGUUGUAAAUCUAUCAAAUUCUUUGUCAUUGUUUUGAUCACCUUGUUAGUAGUAGCCAGUGCCUUUGUCAUUUCAACCACAUGGUUGGGCGCUUUCAUCCCUGCAAUCUCUGAUUUUAGUUUUGAUGUAAGACAGGGAGAAAAUGACAAGUUAGUCAUGAACAUUAGACAAACCAUGACCGAAGCUGUUAUUGUCUUAGAAACUGCAAAGGGGCAAUAUCGAAAAGAGGAUUUAAUCAACCCCGCCUCAAUAGAAUUGUCCCUCUACAGAUUCUUUCAAAGUGAAACCAAUUACCAUGGAGGAUUGCCACUUGCGGUUCUACUUGGUAAUCACACAAUGUCAUACACCGUUCUUCAAUGGGGGCCUAUUCCAUCCUUCAUAGAAAUUGGCCCUGUCAUGCAAAAAAUAUACUACUGUGCGGGCCUUACUGCAGAUUAUUGUGCGAGGGCGACAACGCCAGCUAUGGUCAUGCCAUCUUUUGAUUUGAGCUUGAUUAUUUCCACUGCUGAGAAACGGCCUGGAAAACCGACCUUUACUCCCUCUUACAGUGUUAGUGGUUCCUUGAUAUUUGUCACGCUUGUCACCAGUUGGAAGGCACAAGGGAAUCAAACGGCCGACUCCUCUCCUAUCAGCAACUAUCUGGCAUUUGCAAUGACAACAGACAAGUUAUCCAAGUACUUGAAACAAUUGUCACAGGACAUGUCCGGAUCAAAGGCCAUGAUUAUCGAAACAAGUACUAAUUAUUUGUUGGCGAUCGAUAAUGAAACAUCCAUUUUGGCAGUUCAAGAAGGAGCUACAGCGAUCAGAAAAACACCUCUCAAUAUUGAUAUCAAGGAGUAUCGAGAUAUUGGAAAUGCUAUCUAUCAACAUAUUCCAAACUUAAAAUCAGGCAUCGAAUGUAAUACUUACAAGCAUUUAGUUCUCUCUUCCAGUUACAUAAUGUUGUAUCGUAUGUGUUCCGAGUACAAUAUGGAUUGGGUGAUUGUUGUAUCGACUCCUCAGUGGGAUUAUAUAAGCCCCAUUAUUUAUGCCUUAAUUGCAGCGUUGUGUGGAAGUGCGAUUGUGUUGGGAGUUAGCGUGCUGGUUGGCAUUCUGUUUUCACUCAAGAUUGUGAGGCCAUUCAAAAAUCUCAUGCUCAUGUUUGAAAGUGUCUCAAGAAUGGACUUGGAUAACAUUCUUGGCUUGACAACUAAUAGCUUUGAGUUUUCUGAAAUGAAAUUUGUGAAAUAUCAAUUUCAGGAAAUGUUAAAAAAGCUCAAGCUCUAUAGAGCGUUCAUUCCUUCUCAUCUCUUGCAAGAAAUUGAAGGUGAUCAACAAGAGCUUGUUGAACAUUCAACGAAUAAUUCUCAGCUCGGGAACUCAAAUGUUAAACAUUCCCAUUCUUCAGGAAGUGGUUCAAAACACACACUAAAUUCAAGCGUAAAGAGUUCUCAACAUUCAUCCAUCAACAAGUUUGCCCUCUACAUCGAGGUAAAACAGGUUUCUUUUGCUGGGAUUUUCAUUGAAGGUCUUGAGAUGUGGUAUUUGAACACCGAAACUAAUGGAUCCAAAGAAUUACUGUCACUUCUUUCUGACAUUUUUGAGCAAGUCAAUGCUGCUAGUAGAGUCUCUGGAUGUCACAUUGAUACCUUCGAUAAUGACUUGAUCGUAUUGAGUUUCAACUCAAGCAAAGAUCAAAAAAAUCAUAUUGAAAAGGCGCUCUCAGUGUCUCAAACCCUUAUGGAAAAGCUAACGGAUGUCAAGCAAUCUCUGUACAAAUCUCAAUUCGCGGUAGACAAACAUCGAAAAAGUCAUGGAAAUCAGUUGAGAAAUCACCAUCUCAUCGAUGGUCUUAAUUUCAGAAUUGCGGUUACUUCACAGAAAGUAUAUUCAGGAAAUGUUGGAACACAAGAUUCCAAAUUCUUCAGUGUGGUUUCAUCGAUACGAAAGAACCUUGAUCAACUAGUUGAAGUGGCUCAUAGGCUAGACCUUUCCAUUGUCUUUCCAGAAAGAAUUUAUCAAAAAGCAUCCGAACUCUACCAAACUCGAUUUGUGGAUCUGAAAGAGCUUGUCGAUGAUUCAUUCUUGUCACCCUCAUGCUUCCUUAACAGCUCCUCGUGUCUCUCACCUCCUGAAGAAGAAAUUUCAGAGCCCAACAUGGCCCUUCGCAGUCAACUCUUCACUAAGGAAGCCAUCUAUGAAUUGGGAGAGAGUAAUCAAAUUGAAAACGAUCAAGAAUGGAUGUAUGAAUUGAAUCACAAACAAAAGCUAUUGAAAUGGAAAAAGUAUCAGGAAGCUUGUGUGGCCUUCUUUUCCGAGCAAUACGACAAGGCACUGACGCUCUUUGAGGAGUUUUUAGCUGAGAGAUCGGUCAAGGAAUCUGCUUCAUUAUUUUCAGCUCGUCAUCAGCAAGAGGAAAGUAGUGCAGAUGAUCAUUCUUCUCCUCGAGUCGAGGUUUCAUCCACCUCUUCACCAACAAGCAACAAGGCUCAACCAGCUCUAGACAAACCAGCCAUGAAUUUUGUGAGAAUAUGCCGAAUGAAAAUUGAAAAUUUGUAA